AGAAAAUAGGCCGAAGUAGAAUUGCAAGAAGCGGAUAAGCAGUGGUACACAGUCCCAAAGUUUGUACGAGGAGGCAAGUGAAAUUGUGAGCAUGAAUUCGUCGCUGGUGUUUCGUCGCUUCUGGUGCUUCAGUGCCGCAACUUCAUCUUCAUCUUCUUCUUCUUCUACCUUAUGCUUCGCUUCCAACAAGAAGCCCCUCGUCUUCUUAGGCUCUCCUCAGGUGUCAUCAACUGUUCUGGAUGCCCUUCUCAAUGCAUCCACUGCCGCAGACUCACUCUUUGAGGUUGCAGCUAUUGUUACACAGCCACCAUCCAGAAAGUCUAGGGGGAAAAAGUUGAUGCCUUCUCCUUUAGCACAGCAUGCUCUUGACAGAGGCUUCCCUUCAAACCUUAUUUUCACACCUGAACGGGCUGGAGAGGAAGUGUUUUUGUCCGACUUAAGAGCUUUGCAGCCACAACUUUGCAUCACUGCUGCUUAUGGGAACAUUUUACCUACCAAGUUUCUCAAUAUCCCAACAUUGGGUACGGUCAAUAUACACCCAAGUUUGCUUCCAUUGUAUCGUGGAGCUGCACCUGUUCAAAGAGCCUUGCAGGAUGGUGUUAAUGAAACAGGAGUAUCCUUAGCGUUCACUGUUCGUGCACUGGAUGCUGGGCCUGUCAUUGCCUGUGAAAGAAUGGAAAUUGAUGAUCAAAUUAAGGCACCGGAUCUACUUGCACUACUAUUUAAUGAAGGAUCUAAACUAUUGAUCAACGAGCUUCCUUCUAUAUUUGAUGGGUCAGCUAAGGUGAAAGCACGUCCCCAGGAUGACUCUAAAGCUACCUUAGCUCCCAAGAUUGCUCAGGAAGAAUCGUGGCUGUCCUUUGAUCAGGAGGCUUCAGUUCUACAUAAUAAGAUUCGUGCAUUUGCAGGGUGGCCUGGAACUCGAGCUAAAGUUGUAAUUAUUGACAACAAAACUGGUCAAGAGAAUAUCAUGGAAUUCAAAAUUAUGACAACUAAAGUCUGCAGCCAGAGCAAUGUUCAGGUCAACCAAGCGGAUGAAAUCACCUUUAUAAAGCCUGCAUUAGUAUUUCCCUGUGGAUGGGGCACAGCGCUUGAGGUAUUGGAGGUUCAGAUUCCGGGUAAGAAGGCAAUAAGUGCAGCUGCCUUCUGGAAUGGUUUGCGUGGUCAAAAACUGAAGAUAUACCGUGCUUCCAAUGUAAACGGUAAUUCUAGUUAGUUUAAAGGUUUGAGCAAUUUUGUUGGGUAGCAUUGUUUCAUCAUCAGUAUUUCUUUUUAUACACCCCCAUUCUUUUAAUUAAUUUUAUUGGAAAUACAUGUGAUAUUUAUUGGAAUUCUUCCUGUAUUGAUCUCUAAGGUACAAAGAUACCAAUUUGAUUUAGUGAAAUCAAAAUAUGGACAAGUAGAACAAGAUUUCCAUUGGUUUGUAUCGAAAUGUUGGUAAUUUUUUUUUUAUUAAAUGAUAAACAUAACGGGAAUUGAUUUACAA